AUGGACGACAUCAGCAAAGAGCGAUUUGAAGGCACCGUCCUCAGAGCCAUCUCCAAAAAUCCUCGUAAGGAGAUCAAGAAGGAGCCGGUGGAGAACGAAGCGCUGUUCGCACAGGCAAAAGUAAAAGUGGAGAAAAUGGACGAAAACGAGAACGAAGAGGCGGCAGAGGUGAAGAAGGAGCGGACGGCUGAAGCUGAAGCCAAACCAGACCCAGAGAUGGGCCGACUGGUGAUGACCAUUGACGGGCAACAGAAACAACUCUCCUUCGCUCGCAGAGACCUGCUGACCGCCGCCACCAUGCUGGACGGAGACAAGGUGCGUUUCAACAUCGCCACUCAUCGGGAGACCAAAGAGGAACGAGCGACCUACGUGGAAAUUCUCCCCGACUCCUUCGAAGAGUCGACCGAACAACGUCGACAUGGCAUCGUGAUUGAGUUCAUGGAGGACUCUGGACUCAUCAAGUGCACCCAGAACCCCCAGCUCUUCUUCAACAUGUCGGAGGUGAUCGAGAAGAAGAAACUGGAGCUGAACGAGAAGGUCGAGUUCAGCGUCGUCCCGCAUGAAACGGCGGAGGGGGGGAACCAGGCCAUCAGGAUAAAACGUUACACCGAGAGCGUUUUCCUCCCUGUUCGGAAACUUGUCGGUGUCGGAGCAAACAAAGGAAAGAUGACCAUCAAGCUGACCAAAGCUUCAGAAGACACAGAGAAGGAAAAACCAGAGACAGACAAGCUGAAGGUGGUGGUGAAAAAUCUUAGAGCUCAGGACAGCAAGACCGGUAUCGGCAGACGGGAUUACAGCACCACUCGGCGAAGAUAUGGCCGCAGCAGGAGCAGAAGUCGGAGCAGGAGUCGGAGUAAGGGUAGGAGUAGGAGUAAAAGUAGGAGCAAGAGUCCACCUAGAGACCAGUUUGGACGCAUCAUUAAAAGGAGACGCAGCUCCAGCAUUGACCGUGACCGUAAAACCAGCAGGUUCAAGCAAAGCCGAGAGAGGUCACACAGGCGCACCAGAAGUCGCACUAAGAGUCGUAGUAAGAGCAGGAGCCGAAGCCGAAGCAAGACCUCCAGCAGGAGCCGCAGCAGGAGCAGGGAAAGGAGCAAAGACAGGCCUGGAAAGAAGAGGAGCAAAAUCAGCAGAGACCGUGAAGACGGUCACAAGAGGAGGAGGGACCUGAGCCCUCCUCCCAGACGUGGCGGAGUCGUGGAUGACGAGCUGGCGAGGAAGAAGCGGGAGCUGGAGGAGCUGAAUGAGAUGAUUGCCUACAAAAAGUCACUGGUGGAUAUAGAUCCCAGAGGACUGGACCCUGGACAAAGGACCUGCAUAGACUACGACCAUGGCAGGAUCGCUGUGCCGCUCACUGAGUACAAACCAGUCCGGUCCAUCCUGAAGAAACGGCCCGAGGGACCUGAAUACCACCAACGUCCUCCUCAACCCUACGAUGAUCCUUAUUAUGACCGGCCAUACAGUCCUUACCAAGAUCGGCGGUACGGUGACUGCUACGGUGGUCCGUACGCCAGCCGUCCCUACGCUGAUCGCCCUUAUGGUGACCGUCCUUAUGCUGACCGGCCUUAUGAAAGUCGUCUCUAUGGUGAACCUCCCUAUGCUGGCCCUCCGUCCACCAGCCACCGUUACACUGAUCGCUACGACGUUUAUGAUGAACCCUAUGACGAUCGUUACUAUGACCCAGCGUAUGCAGACCGACCUUAUGAUGAUCCGUAUCGUCCUGUAAAACGGAGCCAGUCUCCAGAACCUCAUGGUCCCUCGUCUUCUUCACAAUCAGCUGCCUCCACCCAACCUUCGUUGACGCAUACUGGCGCCGGUUCAUCCUCCCAACCACCUUUCAGACCUCCUUCUCCCACAGAACCACCUCCUAGAAGCCCUUCUCCCAAACUGAAGAACACAACACCACGUCAGUCGCCUCCUGCUGAGAAACCACCCCUGGACCGUUUUCUUGACAUGCUCAAUAAAAAGGUGGGUGCUGAAAAGAAAUCAGAACCGGUUCAUGUUAACGAUGACUUACUCCCUCAUGAGCGGGCACUUCAAGAUGGCGUGGGAUUCUCUCGGAUUGUGGGAUUGACUCAAGAGCAACCCAGCAGCAGUCGAGCUCUAGAAGGGGAAAAGAAACAACUGAGCCCUAAACGGUCCUCAGUAGAGAGAACAAGUGAGGAACCAAAGAGUGUGACAGAACCCUACGACAAGAUCCAGAGUCUACUCCGUACGAUUGGCCUGAAGCUGAGUACAGGAGAUGUGUCCAAACUGGCAAGUCGAGCCCAGGAGAAAAUCUACAGCCCAAAGUCCUCAUCCAUAGAAAGAGACACUUUGUCAUCCCCAAGAGAAGACCUACGAACAAGUAGAACAGGUUCAGUUGAAUCUGAACACAUCCACUCCCCCUCCCCUGUCAGGUCCUCCAGUUUGGAGCCGCUCACCAGACAUAAACCUGUCUUGGAGUAUGAAGGGUUCUUGGACCAGCAGGAGUUGGAGGUGCUAAAAAAGGCGCAACAGCUGCAGAGUUUUACUAAGACAAUGGGGAGUACCUGUUCCACCACUUCUCCAAAACCACCUCCUGGCCCCCCACCUGCUCAAUACCAACAUCCACCUAUUCCAACCAGUUGGUCACUGGGAGUCCCCACCCAGGUUCCCCCAGAAGAGUGCUCCAUCAGCCCCACUAUGGGGUCUCCAACAGCUGGUCAACCACAAAGAUUUGGAUUUCCUCCUGGUCCUCCUCCUGGACCUCCUCCCCGGCGCCUGGGACAGCCUCCUCCAGGACCUCCCCCUGGACCUCCACCCCGGCGCCCUCCUGGUCAACCUUUCACUCCACCCAUCGGUCAAGCAGCUUUACCUUUCCUUGGCCAACCUCCUACAGCUCCAUUCCCUGACUCCUCCAGUCCUUUGCAGCCUUCAACCACUGCCACGGUAAUACUGACGCCACUAUCAUCAACACCGGCAACACUGAGUACUCCAAGCAAUGACCAAUCAGCCAUCUCUACAACUGUGGCCAGAUGCCUGAAGGUUAUAGAGACAGUUAAGUCUCUGGCUGUGCAGCCACCAGCCAAACCAGUCAAAUCAGUCCAGUUCAGUUUACCCACAGAGUCUCCGUCAGUCUCCAGUCUCCAGACCUCAACAGAGACGGACGACGAUAUCAAGGCAAAGCAGAAAGAGAAGCUGGAUUUGUAUAACCAGAGGAUUAUGGAAAAGAGGGAGCAGCAGUACCAGGAGAUGAUAGCCCGCAAGAAACAAGGAGAGAGGAACAAGGAUGGCACACUGAUCUCCCCAGGUAAGCCGAUCAGCAGCGAGCCCAGGAAUGUAUGGAUUUGUGGUCAUUCGCUGGUGUACUGGGCUGAGUCUCGAGCCAAGUCUCCAGAGGUAGGUAUGCAGCUGGGCAUGGACCCCAGCAAGGUGGCCAUCUGGUGGAAGGGCACCCAGGGCAUGACAUGGUCCCAGCUCCUGCCCCAACUCCACCAGUUGAAGGUCACCUGGCCCAACCCAGAUGUCCUCAUCAUGCACCUGGGCGGCAACGACCUGAGUACUGACAGCCCCACCGACCUGCUCGCCUCUGUCAAGAAGGACCUGACCUCCAUGAGGAGUAUCUUCCCGCAGUGCGUUCUCGUGUGGUCCAACAUCCUUCCUCGAAGGGUAUGGCGCCACUCAACCGACAGCCACGAAGUAGAUCUGAUCCGAACCACAGUGAAUCGCAGGAUCCAGAACAUCAUCUUAGAGCUGGGUGGCACUUCGCUGACCCAUGACAACAUCCGUUGCGGCGCAAACACGGGCCUUUACCGGGCUGACGGCGUCCACCUGUCGCCUAAAGGCAUCGACGUUUUCAAUCUGAACCUUCAAGAUUUUCUGGAGAAGUGGGAGAUGGAGGUGAACAAGGCCUCUGAGAAAAGUUAAGAGUAUCACUUAUUUUCCAUCGUUUUUUUAUGUUGAGAGUCCGGCAAAAAAACAAAUAACUGCAAAGACUCCACUCUCAUAAAAGUGCUUUGUUAAAAUAUCCGUCAUACGUUUGUACUUUAAUUUUACCAUGUAGGAACUUACGGUUUUAACUGUUAACUGUUUGUCUGACUUCAAACAAUAAACUCAA